UACCAUAUCAUUCCUUCUCAUUCGAUCCACGUUCAAUAAAAAUCCAAAAGCCCUUCCCUCCCUCGUUCUCCAGGCACUUCUUUCAAACCAAUCAAGCAAAGCAAAUCUCUCUUUUUAUUUUGUCUUUUGUUUGAUUGGAUUUUGAUUCGAUAAACGACCAUGUCGUUGAGGCCAAGUGCUAGGACGGAGGUGCGGAGGAAUAAGUACAAGGUGGCGGUGGAUGCCGAUGAAGGGAGGAGGAGGAGAGAAGAUAACAUGGUAGAGAUCCGGAAGAAUAAGAGAGAAGAGAACUUGCAGAAGAAGCGACGUGAAGGACUCCAGGCUCAGCAGCAACAGCAACAGCAACUCACCUCGUCAUUCACCAAUUCCGCUAACGAUAAGAAGUUAGAAAGUCUUCCAGUAAUGGUUGCAGGUGUCUGGUCUGAAGAACAGAAUUCACAGCUUGAGGCAACAACUCAUUUCCGAAAGCUGCUCUCUAUAGAGCGCAGUCCUCCAAUCAAUGAAGUUGUGCAAGCUGGUGUUGUUCCUCGUUUCAUUGAGUUCCUUGCAAGGGAUGAUUUUCCACAGCUUCAGUUUGAGGCGGCAUGGGCUCUCACAAAUAUUGCUUCUGGAACAUCAGAGAAUACCAGGGUCGUAAUUGAUCAUGGGGCCGUCCCAAUAUUUGUUAAGCUUUUAAGUUCGCCAACUGAUGAUGUUAGGGAACAGGCUGUUUGGGCAUUAGGAAAUAUUGCUGGUGACUCACCAAAAUGUCGGGAUCUUGUCCUUGGUCAUGGGGCCUUGAUGCCAUUGCUCGCACAGUUCAAUGAACAUGCAAAGCUUUCUAUGUUGAGAAAUGCAACGUGGACUUUAUCUAACUUCUGCAGGGGCAAGCCACAACCUUUAUUUGAGCAGACAAAGCCUGCCCUCCCAGCUCUUGAGCGUCUUAUACAUUCAAACGAUGAGGAAGUUUUGACAGAUGCAUGCUGGGCACUUUCGUAUCUCUCAGAUGGAACCAAUGACAAAAUUCAAGCUGUUAUUGAGGCAGGGGUCUGCCCCAGGCUUGUUGAACUUUUACUCCAUCCAUCUCCAACAGUGCUCAUACCUGCUCUACGUACAAUUGGAAAUAUUGUCACUGGUGACGACAUGCAGACUCAGUGUAUAAUAAACCAUCAAGCUCUUCCGUGCCUUUUGAAUCUCCUGACACAUAAUUAUAAGAAGAGCAUCAAGAAGGAAGCAUGCUGGACAAUCUCAAACAUCACAGCUGGAAAUGUAAAUCAAAUACAGGCCAUAAUUGAUGCUGGUAUUAUCGGUCCGCUUGUUCAACUGCUCCAGAUUGCUGAAUUUGAGAUAAAAAAAGAGGCUGCAUGGGCAAUUUCAAAUGCUACUUCUGGUGGCUCACAUGAACAAAUCAAGUUCUUGGUGAGCCAAGGGUGUAUUAAGCCAUUGUGUGAUCUCCUGAUUUGUCCUGACCCAAGGAUUGUAACAGUUUGCUUGGAAGGGCUUGAGAACAUUUUAAAGGUUGGUGAAGCUGAAAAAAAUUUGGGCAACAGUGGAGAAACAAAUCUGUAUGCCCAAUUGAUUGAUGACGCAGAGGGGUUAGAAAAGAUUGAAAACCUUCAGAGUCAUGACAACCAUGACAUAUAUGAAAAAGCAGUGAAGAUUCUUGAGACUUAUUGGCUGGAGGAGGAUGAGGAUGAGACACUACCUUCUGGUGAUGCUUCCCAAUCUGGAUUUCACUUUGGAGGCAAUGAAGUUCCCGUUCCUUCCGGUGGAUUUAAAUUUGGUUAAGCAUAUAAGGUCGCUGGUGGAAUGAAGCUGAGAGUCCAGGUUCCUGUUUUCGUUGGGCGGUGAAGGCACUUGCCCUUGGGUCCUGUUUUGGUCCGGUUUCUAGAAUGCCAUUGAAUAAAGCAGGCGUGUGGAUUCAAGAAUUGCAUUAAAUGGUAAAAACUUAUCACUGAUAAUUAGCGUUGCUGGUGGAAACUACACAAACAUAGUCCAUUGCUUUCAUUUUUCUGUCAGUUUUUGUUCAUUUUUUAUUGUUCUAGAUUUUUUUUUUUUUUCCAUUUAAUUCCAAGGAUGGACAUGUAAUCUGCGUGCAUUUUCCUGGUUUAUGAAUACGAGUUAGAGCAAUUAAAUAUAGAAAAAGGCUACAUAUGUUAAAUAUUCUGCUUCCAGAGACAAUCGGGUUCUCGAGAUUUUGUCCUUUGUAGCAUUUGUUAGUUUGGAGGAUCAAAUUUUUUGAUCGGUUGAUUAUUAAUGUCAAAAAUGCAAUUAUUAGUCUGCUCUUUUGGAUGGAA